AUGACAGCAGGAAAAGAAACAAUGGGGGAACAACCGAUCUUCACGUGCAAAGCGCACGUGUUCCACAUAGACCCGAAGACGAAAAGAUCCUGGAUGUCCGCUAGCUCGGCUGCGGUCUCCGUCUCGUUCUUCUACGACUCAUCGAGGAACCUCUACCGCAUCAUCAGCGUCGAAGGCACCAAGGCGGUGAUAAACAGCACCAUCACAGCAAACAUGACUUUCACAAAGACCUCCCAAAAGUUCGGCCAGUGGAGCGACGUCAGAGCGAACACGGUCUACGGGCUUGGGUUCGCGUCCGAAGCGGAGCUGGGAAAGUUCAUAGAGAAGUUCCAAGAGGUGAAGGAGGCGAUACAGGCGCAGCAGUGCGGCGCGGGGAAGCCCCCGCCGAACGGUAGCAGCGGCGCCGCCACGCCCGUGGCCAGUGCCACCGCGAGCCCGUUGCUGGCCGGCAGGGCGCCGCCAGACGAGCCGCCGGCUGUCUCGCCCGCGCAGCCCAAAACGGAAAACGACGAGAUGAUGGUCCACCAGCGAGCUCACUCCGUAUCCUCAACUCUACAGAGACAAGAUAACUUAGAGAAUGACGCGCGAUCGAUUUCCGACGCCUCCCGUAAGACGAGCGAUAGGAAAUCGCAGCUGUCUCGCUCUGACACAUCGAAACGUAGACCGGUUAGAAAGAGACGCAAACACUUCGGCGGCGCGAGGGUAGAUCCCAGCGAAAGCUUUGGUGUUUACGUGGCGACAAAGCAUAGGGGUUACGGCGAUAGAGUUAGAAGCGUUGUUGAGAUGAUGAUUUCGAGGGUCCUAUUUUCCGCUGACAUGGGGAAAUACAAUGAUUACCAGCCACGCGAUCUUCUAGAACGUUCUGUGUCAGAUUUGGAUGAGUUAAAACCGGAUCUGGAAACUUCUACCCUGCUCUCCAGAGCCUAUAGCAGCGAU